AUGGAAUCGAUGGAUAGCGAUCAACACCUGGCAAACUUCACAUCAAGACAACCCAUCCACGAGGCCGCCUACAAGCCUCAGUUCAACGGGAACUGGUACUGCUGCGUGUGCAAGUCGAACAACGGCGGAAUGCUUCGGAAUCCGAAUAGCGCAAAUAGCGAGGCCAUUGGCCCCAGAUGUGACUCGGAGAUGACCGAGCAUGAGCAGUGA